UAUUCGUAAUAUCCCAAUAAUCCUUUACCAAAUCCCAUUAUCUUCCACCUUUUCUCUCUCUAAGAUGCUCGAUCUCUUGUUUCUCUCUGUUGGGUCUUUUGUUGUAAAGUAUCAGUGAGAGAGUACAGAGUGACCAUCAUGUUGUUUCCUUCUCCGCUGUCUCUCUUUUGUGCUCUGCUUCUUUGUUUGCCACUCGCGUUGAUUCUUACCAUAAAUUCCCCUUUCUCCCCCGCCGCCACCGCCGCCGUUGCCGGCGGCGGCGAGGGAAAUUACCCGUUGUCUGAGGAUGGAAACGGCGGGAAAGUUAAGGGAGAAUCAACCGUUACUACGUUUUCUCCGCCGCCGCCGAUUGGGAGGCCGGAGGAUGGAAACGACGGGAAAGUUAACAGAAAAUCAACCGUUAUUACGUUAUCGCCGCCGCCAACGGAGGAGGAGGAGGAGGAUGACCCGAUGAUACGAGUUUCGGGUCGGGUUGGGUCGGACCAGAGACCCGUCACGAAGCCGAAGAAAUUGGCUUUUAUGUUCCUCACCACCACGCCGCUUCCAUUUGCGCCGCUGUGGGAGCUCUUCUUCAAUGCCACGCCGGAGAAUCUGUACAAUAUAUACGUACACGCGGAUCCGAGGUACAAUUACACUCCACCGUUCCACGGCGUGUUUGCCGGCCGCGUCAUCCCGUCGAAGCCAACUCGCCGGAACACUCCCACGCUCGCCGCCGCGGCACGGCGGCUGUUAGCGCACGCGCUCCUCCACGACAAGUCGAAUUACAUGUUCGCCCUCCUCUCCCCGCUCUGCAUUCCACUUCACUCCUUUAAUUUCACUUACAAAACCGUCAUAAACUCGACCAAGAGUUUCAUCGAAAUUCUGGGGAGGGAGCCGUGGGCCUACGACAGGUGGGCGGCGCGUGGGGAUUACGCGAUGCUGCCGGAGGUGAGGUUUGAGGAUUUCCGAAUUGGGUCCCAGUUCUACAUCCUGACACGUAAGCACGCCAGGAUUGUAGUGCGUGACCGAAAGCUUUGGUCAAAGUUCAAGCAGCCGUGCUUAUAUCGCGACACGUGUUACCCCGAGGAGCAAUAUUUCUCUACGCUCUUGAGCAUGGUAGACCCGCAAGGGUGUUCCCACGCGACGCUCACGCACGUGGACUGGAAAGGGAGUCACGGCGGUCACCCGCGGAUGUACAGUGCAGACGAAGUGGGCCGGGGAUUAAUCCUAACCCUUCGAAAUGACCGCCCACGGUACGGUGAUGAGGAGAUGAACGGCUCCGAUCCGUCUUUGACGAAACGGCAUGACCCGUUUUUAUUCGCUAGGAAGUUCUCUCCUGACUCGAUCGAGCCGCUGAUGAGGAUAGCAAACGAUGUAAUUUUAAAAGAGUAAGAGGGCAUUAUCGUAAUUAAACGUUUCUUUUGACUUUUUUUUUUUCCUUGUUUAGUUUUAGUCAAAAGGGUUAAAGUGUCAUAAAGAGAAGAAGGCGGGACAAACCCGUACUUUAGAGUUCAGAUAUUGUACUUCGAAAUUUUAGAUAAUUGUAAUUAAUCGCCGUUUUACGUUGU